AUGCAAUUUUUGGUUGAAUUUUGUAAAAGUCAUUGGAAAGCAAUUGCAACAGCUUUUACAAUUGGUAAAUUUUUAUGGGAGUCUUACAUAAAUAAUAGACAAUUAAAAAAAAUUCAAAUAACUCAAAUUGGAUUACGACAAAAUAAUUUUGAUUUAUUAAGUAAUGAUAAGUUUAAACAAUCAUUAUUUGGCUUAGAAAAUUUAGUAAAAUUAACCAUAAAUAAAUUAGGUUUUGAUUUAAUUGAAAAUUUAUUGAUUAUUCAUUUUGAUGUCUAUAGUAUUUUAUUAGAAUUAAGUAAAAAAAUUAAUGAAUCAUUAUCAUUUAUAUUACCUUCAAACUCAUAUUUUCAAACUAUAAUAUUUUCUAUAAUUUCAAAUAUUUUAAUUUUUUGUUGGGGUGUACCAAUCCAAUUUUAUGGAAAAUUUAUUGUAUCAGACUUUAAUCAGAAUGAAAGUCCAUUAGAAUGGUUUAUGAUUCAGAUUAAUUUAUUAGUUUUUAAAAUCUUUGGAGAUUCCAUUAAAAUAUUUGGUUCUUCAAUAUUAAUUAACUUGGUGAAAAAUUUUCCAAUUUUACAAAUUUCAAUUGGGUUUUUAAUUUACUCAAUUUUGAGAAUUUCAUUAAGUCCAUUGUUCAUAAGUGUUAUAUCAGGACCUAAUUUUUUGAAGCAUGUACCUCAAAGCGAUUUGAAAGAUGAAAUUUUAAAAUUAUGUUCUAAAAUCGGAUAUGAUUGUAAUUCAAUUUAUAUAGCAGAUUCUGCAAUAUCUUCAAUGGGAUUUAAUUAUUUACCAAAUAUGGUGACUAUUAAUGAAGGAAGUAUUAAAAGUUUCACAACAAAAGAAUUAACAUCAAUAAUAUUACAAUGCAUAUUACAAAUCAAAUUAAAUUUACAUUUAGAAAAACAAUUUAUUAAUUCAAUUAUAUUAUAUUUAGAAUUAUUCUUUUUUGAAAAAAUAUUAUAUAAAGACAAUAAUGUUUUAAAACAGUUUGGGUUUGAAGUAAAUGAAGAAAGUAAUUUAAUUUUUAUAAAAUAUUUAAUUUUCAAUAAAAUUUUCAUACCAUUUGAUAUAAUAAUUCCAAUGAUUAAAAAUUAUUUAAUAAGAAGAAAGAUUCAUCAAGUUGAUCAAUCAACAUAUGAAUUAUAUCAACAUGAAUUUGUAACUGCUAUGAAUAAAAUGAACGGUAACAAUCCAUUGAAGAAUUUUGAAAAUGAUUCAAUUUAUGGUUUAUAUUACUCUGGAUUUCCAAACUUGAAUAGAAGAAUUGAAUUUUUAAAAGAAAACCAUUAA